AGCACACCUGCUGUGAAAUAGGGCCAUACCAUUUUUAGAGAGGGCGGAGAGCGAUACCAUUUGUGUAGAUGCUAAAGGGGUGUCAGAUAAUUUGUAACAAACCUCACACACGCUGCCGACGUUUCACAGCAAGUCUGACCGCUCGCAUUCAGUAUAGGCAGCGGGUUCGCGCAUCUUGGAGAUAUGUAGAUGUACUGUCUGAUCUCCCUAAAUCUCCCCGGGAAUAUCUUGAGUAUUUUUCCAGUAAAUUUAAGAUCAUGGGGAACUCACACACAGGUCACCUUCAGAGCACUCGGUUCGAGGAAAUGCUUCAUAAUUCGAUAGAGGCGUCACUGCGCUCCAACACAGUAGUGCCCAGACCUGUAUUCUCUCAGCUAUACCUGGAGGCAGAACAAAGACUUUUUUCUAAUGAUAGUCGAUUAGAUGAGGAAGAUGAUGAAGAAGAUGGCUCUGAUUCAAACAGCCCUCCAAUACCAUAUCAGAUGAAGCCCCCACCAGAAGGAUGUUGUACUACUGAUGGAUUCUGUCAGGCAGGCAAAGACCUGCGGCUAUCAUCCAUGGCCACUGAAUCUUUUGAAGUCCCUCCUGGGUUUCUGCUCAUCGGAGCGAAAUCUCCCAGUGUUCCUGAUCACAUCCUGGUGUGUGCAGUGGACAUGCGCUUUCUUCCGGAUGAAUGCGGACGUAAUGCACUUUUAGGUUUCUCCGGGAAUUGCAUUGGCUGUGGCGAGAAGGGUUUCCGCUACUUUACUGAGUUCGCCAACCACAUCAACCUGAAGCUCACCUCUCAGCCCAAGAAGCAGAAGCACUUGAAGUUUCACCUGCUCCGAAAUGCACAGGGCUUAUUGGUCAAGGGACCAGCAAUCUGCUGGAAAGGGAUAGAUAGCAGAAUGAGACAUACUGUGUCUAACAUAGCUGCAGGACCAGAUGAGCAAUCAGGUCUUGGACCAAGUGACCUACUUCCCAAUUCAGGACACACGACCUUAAGCACAAUUAAUCACACAGAUCUGAAUACUCCUUUUCACAUAUCAGAGGGCUCUCCUCCCAUAAUCAAUGGCAGUCAUGUUCCUGGACUUCAGCAGCAGACCGGAAUAGUGGCCAAUGGCCCUGGAAGGCCAGGAAUAAUAGGCUCCAUGGCAAAUUCUGGGCCCCCCAAAAAGAGACAUAAGGGAUGGUCCCCAGAAUCCUCUGCUCCAACAGAUGCCACUCCCAGACCUCCUACCACCAGCAUGACCAAUGGCAACAAAGCAGCUGACAGCGGUGCAUCAGGGUGUUUGCCUCUGGGGUCAUCGCCACCCUUUGCUCCAGGAGAGUCUGUUACAGUUCCUGAUCACUUGCUUCAGACGUGUGGACUGCGCCCUGUCAUUUUUAAAGGGCAUGGGACGCUGCCACAUUUAUGUGGGAAUCUCGCGGAUGUACUGGUGAGCGGUUUACUUCAGAAAUGCUACCGCAGUUCACAGAACCUCCCGUGCGUCUACGAGCCGUACGGCACCGCUCCGAUUCAGCCCAUUUCUACUGAGAUGCAAAUACUGUUGACCGUCUACUAUCUGGUGCAGCUGGCUCCUGACCAGGCCCCUCAAAUGGAAGACCUGGAGCAGAUCUUCACGCGCUCCUGGCGCGAGUCACACCUGACGGAGAUCCGGCAGUACCAGCAGACCCAUCCACAGUUUCCGACUCCUCUUCCCUGUUUAGCUCAGCCGCUCACUCCCUCCCAACUCCCCUGGCUGGCCAAGCUUGCCACCAGCUCAUGUGGAGAUGCAGUCCUGGUCCUGGACACGGCGCCCUCUCUGGUGGAAGCUUUAGAAGACACCUUUCACAGACUGGUCGAGGGCAGACUGAGUCAGACCAAUUACGUGGUGAUCUUCUGCAUGAACAGGAGCCAGGAGAUAGAGUCAUGUGUGGUAGUGACGGGGAAGCACCAGACGCGUGCUCUGUCUGAAAGCCUUCUCUUUCCGAGCGAUUGUUUAAGAGAGAUCGGCCACGAGUUGUCUUCUGGAAGCGCAGCAGAGCUUGGGUCCUAUUUCAGCUCUCUGGGACCAGAUGGAGACGUGGAGGCUUUGCUGGAGAAAGCCAGUCCUGAGAGCUCUGCCCAGUACUGCGCUCAAGAACCAUCAGGAGAUAGCCCUAAACCAACAUGCACCGAAUACUUCGUAGAUUGGCACGAGAUUCGGCCCAUUCAGCUGGCCGUAGCACGAAAGCUUCUCUCCCAUGUCUGUGCCAUCGCCGACUCCAGCACACAAAACCUGGAUCUCGGUUCUUUUGACAAGGUCGAGUUCUUGAUCUGCAUUCCUCCCUCAGAGGUCACCUUUCAUCAAGUGGUUCUUCACCUUUGGAACUCAGGGGUGCUGCGGGAAUUAGGUCUGGACCAAGAUUGCUUGUCAGUGAAGGACGCUGAGCAGUACGUGGUGAAGUUGAAUCAGAGCGCAGUAGGAAAAAUCAACAGUCUUAUUCAAAAGUCCAAGAUGAAUCCCUACACGCUCUUUAUACUGGUGCAUGAUCAUGCACACUCGGACAUCACCAGUGCACAGUACAACGGAGGAGACUCCAGCUUAGGACUUGUGGACAGUUUGCUCAAUUGCAGGCAGAUUCGGGAUGCUCCCAACAUCCUGACUCUCCACGUGACCUCGUUCCCCUUCGCCUUGCAGACUCAGUACACACGCAUCAGCCCUUACAAUGAGAUUCACUGGCCCUCUGCAUUUAAUAACGAUGUGGAUCUCUAUCAUGAGAAAACAAAGUAUUUCGGUGUAUCAGAGCUUUUGGAGACGACGCACUCCGGCAGCGGCCUUCCUCUGCUUCGAUACGAUAGCUCAUUUGAAAGCAUGGCUGCUGCCCUAGAAGAAAGGUUCCCUAAGCUUCACAGUGCAGUGAUUCGUACCCAUGUGCUGAUCCAGCAUUACUCACUGGCUCUGAUGGCCACUGCGGGCGGACAGACCUUACAGUCUCUGCAGAAACACAUCUCAGUGGAGACGCUUGAGAUGAUGCAGUGUCUCCUCAGCACAUCCCAGCGAUGCCCCAGCCGUCACGGGCACAUGAUCCUCCUGAGAAUCCCCUCACCCGCCCUCGCUGCCCUCGCACACCAGCGCCUCUGUCACGUCCGAAACAAGCUCGGCCUCCACAAGCAGUUCGAGAUCAUCCUGGGAGAUCCGUGCUCUUCUCUCAAUGUGGGAAAACACUUCCUGGACCAGCUGAAGGUCUGGCUGAAGAUCGUGGAUCCAGACUGGGCUCCUCACACAUACCUAGAGCUUGAAGCCUUACCCUGUAUACUUAUUUUAACGGGAAUGGAUCCACUUGGAGAAUCUCUACCCAGAUCUCUGAAAUACUGUGACUUGCGUGUGAUCAGCUGCUGGUCUCUUCAGCGCACCUCUCUGGAGCAGGAGCUGGGGCUCGCCGCUUAUCUACUGAAGGCAAAACAAGACGCCCAGCAUGGGCCACACGCACCCAGUGACCUUUCUGAGAGUGACCCGGAAAAACUCAGCAGCACUGACAACGAGGAAGAAGAGGUUGUGGUGGAUGUAAACAACGAUAGCCUGGCUAACUCCUCCCCAACUGGCACCCAGUGUCCCCCAUCUAACUGGACUCCUUUGGACCCAGAAAAGCAGCCCAACCAAAGGCGGCAGUCCAAAUCCACCUCCUCUGGCUCCUCAUCCUCCUGGGCCUCCCCUCUAAAGCAGAGCUGCUCGUGGGCUCGAAAUCUCAGCCGCCCGCCUGUGGUAUUGCUCCCGAAGGCCGUGUAUGACCUCAUCACCACCGUGGAUCCCAGCGGGCUGCCUAAGUCCACCUCCUUCCUCCCUCACUCCUCUGUAGAGUGGGUCAGCUCCUUCAGACCCCUCCUCAGCAAGAUGAUGACCUGCACGGAGCAGUCGCUCUACUAUCGCCAGUGGACCGCCCCUAAGCCCCAUCACAUGGACGGCAGUAACCGUGCAGAAGGACGCAAUGAUAACUUUCACCCACGGAGGCUGCUUCUCAGCGGCCCGCCACAGGUGGGGAAGACAGGUGCAUAUCUGCAGUUUCUGGGCAUUCUGUCUCGCAUGCUAAUCAGACUCAUGGAGGUGGACAUUUAUGAUGAAGGAGACAUCAACUGCAAUUGUAAAACAGAUUUGGUGCGAUAUCAUCAGCCUGUUGCAUCAUGGCCCAACAAAGAGAUUUUAAGUGGGAUGCCCUUUGAUUACGUCAUCCAUGACCCAAAAUAUGAGGACAUCAGCACAAUCUAUUCACUAGACUUCAGUCCAAAUGCAGAUGAUGGAAAGUCCAGACGUCAGGAGGAUGUGUUUUUACGCAGGCGUACGGCACGGAUAAAACUCUCCAAGUAUGCGGCGUACAACACUUACCAUCAUUGUGAGCAGUGUCAUCAGUACAUGGGUUUUACUCCACAAUACCAGCAGUAUGAGUCCACCCUACAUACGUUUACCUUCUCACACCUUCUACUGGGAGAGGAAAUCCAGCUUUAUUUCAUCAUUCCCAAAUCCAAAGCACAUCACUUCUCCUUCAGCCAAACAGGAGGACAGUUAGAGAGCAUGAGACUGCCUCUUACAUCUGAUUGGAACCCUGAUGUCAUCAAAAGUCCAAUAUUCACACCCACCACCGGUCGCCAUGAGCACGGCCUGUUUAAUCUCUAUCAUGCCAUGGAAGGAGCCGCUCACCUGCACAUCUUGGUCAUUAAAGAGUACGAGAUGGCCGUCUAUAAGAAAUACUGGCCAAACCAUAUAAUGCUUGUCCUGCCGACCAUCUUCAAUGGAGCUGGAAUAGGAGCAGCUCAUUUUCUGAUCAAAGAGCUCUCUUAUCAUAACCUGGAGCUGGAACGGAGCAGGAGGGUGGAGCACGGCAGCCGACCACAGGACGUUUGGCCCUUUAUCAUUCUCGCAGAUGAUUCGUGUGUCAUGUGGAACAGCGUUGACGUCGACCCAAAAAGCGGUACUAUAGGGACAGAACGAAAUGUGUCCUUAAAACAGGUUCUUCAGCACAUGGAAUCUUCUCCAGACAUCACUCAGUACGGAUUAUGUGGGAUGAGGAAGUGGUCGAGCUGCGGAGGUGGAGCCGGGCGACAGAAAGAGCCGUUCUCACGGGGUCACCUACAUGACUUUUUGCUGCUCAACGUGGACCUGACUCAAAAUGUGCAGUACAACCAGAACCGUUUCACAUGUGAUGAUGUGGACUUUAACCUACGAGCCCACAGUGCAGGACUCCUCAUCUGUAGGUUCAACAACUUCAGUGUGAUGAAGAAGCAGAUCGCCAUUGGUGGAUACGGUACCUUCAUCAUCAAAACCAAAAUGACGGAUGUACCCACCACGAUCCAGCCGUCUCAGUAUAUCUGUGCUCCAGACAGCAAACAUCUUUUCCUUGCCACGCCGGCUCAGCUUCUGCUGGAGAAAUACCUGCAGCACAUCAGUCAUCGGUUGUUCUCACUCAGUGCCCGAAACUACAGCCACCCGGUUCUGUCUGUCGACUGCUAUCUGAACCUCGGUCCAGAGGUGACGAUUUGUUUCGUGAGCUCCAGGCCUCAUUCCAUUAACAUUAGUACUACCGGACUGCUCUUCAGUGGCCUGCUAUUAUACUUCUGUGAUUCCUUUGUAACACCAGGAUUUCUCAAAAAGUUCCAGUUCUUAAAAGGUGCAACUCUAUGUGUGAUCUGUCCCAACCGGAGCUCUCUGCGUCAGACCGUAGUUCGACUGGAGCUGGAGGACGAGUGGAGGUUUCGUCUAAGCGAUGAGUUUCAGACGGCCAACGCCAAAGAGGACCAGCCUCUCUUUUUUCUCACAGGGAAACACAUAUGAGUCAAAGGCUAAAGACUCAAUCACUUUGGUCUUAUUAACUGUAUAUAACAUGAGCUCUGUAUAUAAUGCACAGAAUCUGCUGUAAAUUUCUUCUGCUAUUUGUAUGUUGUUGAUUUUUAAUAAUGUUAUUACCUUACCUAUGUCUUUAUGGUUGUUUAAAAUGUAUUUAUUUACAGUGACCUUUCUAUGUUUUAUCUUUUUGUGUUUACUGUUGUCUUAAGUGGAACUUUUUAUCAGCUUGCUAAACGUUACGAAGUGUUACAAGAACAGAUUCAGAGGUAUUUUGUAGAAAAGAGUAUUUUUGUAGCUGUGUUUGGCAUGUUGUGAUGUGUGUGAAUAAGGCCGUAACUUUAUUAAAGUACUUACGUCAUACA